CAAGCCGUCAUUUUGCCUAUUGAAUAGGUUCCUAGAACAUCACAGGCUCCACGGGUGUUGGGUCUCAAUCGGUCAUUUUGAUCAAAUUGUUUUCAAGCAAUAGAGUCAACACGUGGAACCAAGGCUAUAUAUUGUAGGAAUCGGAAACUGCGGCAAUACUAGAGUAUAGAUCGGUGGAAUUUAGUCUCAUGAAUACCUCCAAAGCGGUUGAUAGAAACUCAAAUGGCCAUGAAGAGCGGCUUUCUGCGGAUGAGAACGUUGGGAAGGCCUUCUCUCGCCCCGCGUCUCAUGCCGGAGCCACCUGCCCUCACGAUUCCAAACGAUAUUCCAACCAGCGGGGUCGCAUACCACAGCUUAUUCUUGCUAUGGCGGCUCUGCGCCUAGAAAACAACAAGAUUGAGGAGAUGAUAAAGAGAUAAUACGAGGUUCUUGAUCCAAUAAGGAUAGCUGAAGGGUCCGAACAUGCGGAUGGUCUGUAUAGCGAGUACGUAAUUGUGGAUGAGUGACUGCGCACGCAGGGGUUGCUUCCUACGGCGAGCCAUAGCG